AUGGAGCUAUCACUCUUCCUCUCACUAUUGAUUGAUGUUGCGCAGACAGGAGUCAUCCGGGAGGGUUUGCGACUGAGUUACGGGGUUAUCGGUCGUCUUCCCCGUGUGGUUCCUGACCCUGGGGCGGAGUUCAACGGAUACUUUCUACCGGCUGGUUCUGUUGUGGGGAUGUCCUCCUGGGUUAUGCAUCGCAACCCAGGCAUAUUUCCUGACCCCGAAUGCUUCAAGCCAGAGAAAUGGAUGGAUCCUGUAAAAGGACGCAAGCUUAGUCGAUAUCUGGUCAGCUUUGGAAAAGACAGUCGACAGUGCAUUGGCAUGCCAUUGGCAUAUUGUGAAUUAUACAUCACCACGGCCAUGCUGUUUCGCAAAUACGGUGACUUGGAGCUAGACGGAACAAAGCCCGAAGACUUGGUUUAUGAUGAUUAUUUCUCUGCGUUUAAUCCGGAGACGAGCCGAGGAAUGCGAGUCCGGAGGAGAAGCAAGUGCACUUGA